UUCAUCAAGUCCUCCAGUCUUAAAGAGCCCGACACUGAGCAUGCAAACACUCAUUUCUGCCUCUGCGCUGCUGGUAGCACGCUUGUCCUGCCGCCCUCUCUCUCUCCUCCUCUCUCUCUCCCCCUCUCUCUCUCUCUUUCCCCCCACUGUCAAACACGUGCACACACACACACGCACGCACACAUGUGUACCUGAGCUGUCGGAGGGGCUUUCGCCGCAACUUUUCUGAAGGUGCGCGCUUGUGGUUUUUGGGGGAGAGGCGGGUGCCUGGCGUUCCUCUUUCCUUCUCUUUCUCCUGGAAUGCUAAAACUGGGCUGAUGGACAUUUCCGAACUUUGCAUCCCUGAUCCUCUCAGCUAUCAUAACCAGCUGCUCAACAGGAUGGCCGUUGAAGAGCGGCACAUGCCCUCCAGCUGCGGCUCUUAUAUAAAGACAGAACCGUCCAGUCCAUCAUCUCUGGUCGAUACAGCCAGUCAUCCCAGUCCAGGAGCUCAUUCUGACGCCAGCGGAGGCUACGGCAGCACCAUUAACAGCCACUCGAACGGCCUGGACUCGCCGCCCAUGUUCACGGCGGGCGGAGCGCUGGGCGGGGCGGGGAGCGCCUGCCGAAAACGAUACGAGGACUGUUCCAGCACUCUGCUUGAUGACCCCGGGUCCAUUAAAUGCGAGUACAUGCUCAACUCUAUCCCUAAACGUCUGUGCCUGGUGUGUGGAGACAUCGCGUCGGGCUAUCACUAUGGUGUGGCCUCUUGUGAGGCCUGCAAGGCUUUCUUCAAAAGAACAAUACAAGGUAAUAUUGAAUACAGCUGUCCGGCCACCAACGAGUGUGAGAUCACCAAACGAAGACGCAAAUCCUGUCAAGCGUGUCGCUUCAUGAAGUGUCUUAAAGUGGGCAUGUUAAAGGAAGGUGUUCGUCUUGAUCGAGUACGAGGAGGCAGACAGAAAUACAAACGACGAAUGGAUGCAGAAAACUCAGCGUACCUGGGGCUCACAAUCCCACCACCAGCCAAAAAACCCUUGACGAAGAUCGUGUCCCAUCUGCUGGUGGCAGAACCGGAGAAGAUUUAUGCCAUGCCGGACCCAACGAUGCCUGAGAGUGACAUUAAAGCCCUGACGACGCUCUGUGACCUGGCUGAUCGCGAGCUGGUGGUCAUCAUCGGAUGGGCCAAACACAUCCCAGGUUUCUCCAGUUUGUCUCUUGGAGAUCAGAUGAGUUUACUGCAGAGCGCGUGGAUGGAGAUCCUGAUCCUGAGCAUCGUCUUCCGCUCGAUGCCGUACGAGGAUGAGCUGGUGUACGCUGAGGAUUAUGUGAUGGAUGAGGAACACUCGCGUCUCACCGGUUUGCUGGAUCUCUACGUGUCAAUCCUGCAGCUCGUGCGCAAGUAUAAGAAACUGAAGGUGGAGAAAGAGGAGUUUGUCACGCUGAAGGCCAUCGCGCUCGCCAACUCAGACUCGAUGCACAUAGAGGACGUCGAGUCCGUUCAGAAGCUCCAGGACGCUCUUCACGAAGCCCUGCAGGAUUACGAGAGCUGUCAACACGCAGAGGAUCCUCGACGCGCUGGAAAGCUUCUCAUGACGCUGCCUCUCCUGCGACAGACGGCCACCAAGGCCAUUCAGCACUUCUACAGCAUUAAGAUGCAGGGCAAGGUGCCCAUGCACAAACUCUUCCUGGAGAUGCUGGAGGCCAAGGUCUGAUUGGCCGGCCGCACUGUUGUCAGGUGACAUCAUCGAAGCAUCAGCGAAUGAGGUGUGGCAGAGACGCUCCGACUGCGGAGGACAGAUCGGUCCUCUGACGGACACACAAGGAUGAAGACUUUCCGCUCGUCUCGCUGAGAUGCCAGACGUUUUUAAAGACCUGAAAAUGAAAAUUAAAUGAGUAAAUUGGUUCAAAGUAUAAUUAUAAAUGAAAAAAGAAUUUAAAUAUCUAUAACAAAAGCUAUGUUCUUGUACAGUAAUGCUUUUUUUGGUCAUGAUAUGUGAUUAUAUAUGAUGGAAGACGUGGAUAGUCUCACUUAGAUGCUCAUUUUUGUUCCACUUUUUUAACAAUUCAAUCCUCUGUAGAACCUCACAUCAUACAGUAGUUAAACUCUUCAGACAUCACCGGGACUUGUAAAUAUUCACCAGGAUCGGUGAAACGCUGGCCGGAUUGCAGGCAUUUGUCUCGCCCGGUUCUUCCCUGAAUGUGAACUUGUUGACGUGUUUGAAUAUACCUCUUCCGAACGCUGAUCCCGGACCGCGGCAUCAUCCUGGACAACAUCUGUAACGUGUUCAUCCGAUCGUCUAUAGUCAGGACUUCGGUCGAAGUCUUUAUAAAAUCAGCAAUAAAUCAAACUCAUUUGUUUAUCUGCAGAUGGGCGAGAGGAGCGCCACUGCCCGUGUUGCACUCUACUUUUAAUGCACUUGUUAUUGUUGUGGUCUAAUUUUGGCUCGUGGGCCUCAGCCCGGGUGACUCAAUUUGGCAAAGGUGAGAGUUGAGGGAGGUCCUGUUGGGUAAAGUGGCGUUAGGUUUCAAAGGAUUUACAAUAAGUGACGACAGUCGAUCAGACCGCACGUAUGUCAAACGCUCUAUUUUAGGCUCAUUAAGCCACGGGCAGAGCCGAGCCGUACGGAGAGGAAACGAGUCGCCCGUCAUCCGCUCUGAACCUUUCAGAAGCUGCCAGGACUUUUAUAGCCAUGUACCCAAAUGAAGGUGGAUGACAGGUGCAGGUCUUUAUCACCAGCUUUAUUUUUAGAUCGGGAAAGGUUUUUGACACAAUAGCAUUACUGCACCUCCUACUGAAAUGGCCUCUGAAGUACAGUAGAUGUCCAUCUUAGAGCCUUUUUACACCUGCUCACUUCAUGUGUAUUCUCUGAUCGGAUAGCUAUCAGAUCGUAAAAAGACCAAGUGUAAAUGCCCGAAACGUUUUCCAGAUGGAUUUAAAUCCGAUUGUUCAGGAUGCAUUUCAGACGAAACUGGACAAGUGUAAAUACAUAUGGUUGAGGAAGCAACAUAUGGCAGAUUGAUAUCCGAUAACCAAGAUGCAUUUAUGUGGCCGAAUGUAAAUGGAACGGUUUUAAUAAAUCAGGCCCUGUUUACACGAGAAUGCUCAAGGGUGAAAACGUAAAAAUAUUUUAUCGGAUGUGCCUUCCGUUUACACGGUGAGGGCAUUUUUGGGGCUUAAAAUGCAAAAAAGUGAAACCAUCCUCCAGAGUGGAAAUCUUAAAAACGCUCUACCGUCGCGUUCCUGUCUAAAGGGUAAAAACGCAAAAGUCUGCUUUCCAACAGUUGUACGAAAUAUUCACAGCUAGUUAAUCAGAGAAGGUGCAUUAAUUACCUCUAUCAAAUUGUUGAUGCGCCAGUUUGUCGGAGGCAAACCUGGACGAGACCUGGGAGAACAAGGAAGAAGGUUGUACGCAGGCAUGUGGACUUGGUGUUGUUGUGUGUCAGUGCUCAGCCCAGUCUCACGAAAUUUUGUUAUAUAGUCACAUUAUUUUUACAUUCUUUUUUCGUGAUAUUAUCACGUAUUUCUGCAUUUUUUUGCGAUCAUAUAACAAAUUCCUGUUUUCGUGUGAUUAUCAGGUAUUGGUUACUCAACUGCUUUUUCCUAUUUUCUUACCAUUGUCGCGACGGUUUAGGGUUAGAUUUACAAAAAAUGUCAUCCCUACCCAAACCCAACUCUAGCCCUAACGCCAGGCGACAUAUAAAAAAAUAAAUCAGAAAAAGUAGUAUAAACCAAUAUAUAAAGUGACAUUCUAAUGCAAGCACCAAAUCUAACCCUAAACCGACAAUGGUUUAAAAAUAGCAAAAAGCAG